AGCAGCCACAUGUCGUGCCGAGUAAAGUGAUCCGGGAUCGAGAAAUGAAGUGAGGUUUUUUUUUCCGCGUAAAUCUUCUCCGCCGUUCGCUUGCGUUUUUUUCCCUCUGUUUUCCUUAGCUCUAGUAUUAUUUAUUUAUUUAUUUUUUGUUUCGAACGUGAAUAAUGAAAACGAAGGAAGAUCAGUGUGCCGGCGAGAAGAUGAAGACGGAUGAAGAAGGAGGUCGCGCGGAAAACGGAAGGCUGGCAAUAUUCGAGGAAACGUGCGACACCGCAGCCCGGAAUACCCUUAAGAUUUUGAAUUAACAACCGACUAUCAAACACGACGAAGGAAUAAUUAUAUUUGCAUAGAAAAUGAAAAUUUGAGUGAUUUGUUAUUAUUAUUGUUAUUACGAUUAUUAUUCCUAUUAUCGUUAUCGCAAUUAUUAUUUUCUCGCGGGAUAGAGAACGUGAGAAAAUUAAAUUUACAGACCUACGCGUACUAUUGUAUAUAUCGUACAAUGAUGUUUACGUGUUAUAAAAUUAACGAUUGCGAUAAUAAAUCAUCAAAUUUCACCGAUUAUUGUCAUUACGUUACGACAAAAAGCCGGAGAUCGAGUAACAAAGUUGUUUGAAUUUUGUACGCGUAGAAAUCAUUGAUGUACACAUAUAUAUAUUUAUAUAUAUAUUAUAAUGAAUAGCGGUGAUGACUACUUCAGAAAUUUUCACGCAAUUAACGUCAAUCCGAACCUGGACUCGUAUAGGACAUUACACGACAAUUAGGGAAUAAUGAUUAUGACAAAUUUAGUAGAAACAAAUGAGCACGUUGGCACAGCAUAUGGACUAUUCCAAGUAAAGAUGUAAGGAAUGAUCACGUGGGUGAUGGUCGGGCUGCUUCUGGCUGCGGAAACGACCUGCGGCAGAAACGUCCAAUCCGGGAAUGGAAAUGAAGACUUGAAACAAAAGAGCAGCGGUGUGAAGGCGACUACCGCUGAUGACGAGGAGAUAUAUCGCCUGACCUGCUACACCUGCGUCAACGUCAGCGACAACCAGAUGUGCAACGAAUGGGCGAUAGACACUCCGUGCCCAACGGCGGGCCGGGAUUUUUGCCGAUCUUUGCACGUUCUCGACAGCCGUGGAAACAGCGUACUGGUGAGCAAGAGCUGUGCAACGAGCGACGAGUGCGGUCCAGCAUCGGUGGGAUGCGUACCGAUCGACACUCAGAAGAUAUGUAUUAGCUGCUGUGAUGUUAGCUACUGCAACGUCGAGUCACCAACGAACGCGACAAAUGCUAUUUUCUCAAGGAAGAGACGUACGAAAUCGAAACCCAAACGUAAACCGCCACGGAAUAGCGCCAAUGGUAAAACAGGAAGCGGCGUUCCCUCGUGCAGUCCCGUAUAUCUUAUGACCGCGUCACUUCUAUAUGCAUAUCACUCAUGAAACGGAAGACGAAUAUAAUUAAAUCAAUUGAACCGUAAAUAAAUUAAUGAAGAUUAACAAGUAUAUUAUAUAUAUAUAUUAUACACAUAACGAUUUCUAAUGCCAGUUUAAAAAUUAAGUUACACUAUGUGAAUCAAGGUUACCUUAAUCGAUUGAAAGAAUAUAAUAAUAAUAAUAAUAAUAAUAAUAAUAAUAAUAAUAAUAAUAAUAAUAAUAAUAAUAAUAACAAUAAUGAUAAUGAUGAUAAUUAUAAUAAUAAUUCUAUGUCUUGGAAGAACGCCGAAUCAAUGAAUGUCUAUAAGAAUUACAAACGAGCGGCAACGACGGAAAGAUAAAUAGACGAAGGAGAGAAAGAGAGAGAGAGAGCUAGAUGAGAGAAAAACAUGCAGAUAAUUCUUCCGACGAAAAUGUAGAAUGACAGGGAAAAGAAUUCAAAUUAUUAACAAUUAAAAAGAAAUGUACCUUACGCUAAUUAUUAUACCAUUGACUCGCCUACUAAAAAAAAAUUUCAUUGCUAUUAUACAUGAUAUAUUAUAUUAUAAAGAUAUAGAGAUAUUAAAAUUGUUACCGCAUAAUGUAAAACUGUUGGUAAUAAAAUAAAACAGAUUAUACUUGUAA